CUCCACUACCCCAGCCUAAAUAUACUAUAAAGAAAAUUGGAAAGAUAUCCAUCAUAUCCAAGACAUAUGAGUAAACCUCACAAUAAUUUGUCUUACUUGGAGGCAGUAAUACGAGAAACGUUAAGAAUUGAAACAAUCACAGUUAGCACAGUUCAUAGAUGUGCAAGAAAAACUACUUUAGGCGGCUAUGAAAUACCUGAAAACACUCCAAUUUUCAUUAACUUGGCAGCGAUACAUCAUGAUUCUGACUUGUGGGGCGAUCCUGAAGUUUUUAGACCGGAAAGAUUUCUGAAGGAAGAUGGGCAAUUAGCCAAAGAUUUUUAACUUUUUUUGGUUUUGGUAAGUCGAUGUACAUAAUCUAAUAAAGAUUAACAAAUUUUACUGAACUUUGUAUAAAGUACUAUUACAUUAGUUUUAAUAAUGACAAUAAAAAUAAUUUUCUUUCUGUACUUUUAUCUAGGUCAUCAAUUAUGUCCAGGUGAAACUUAUGCUAGAUUUAACAUAUUCGGGACAUUGGUUCUUUUUCUAUAAAACUUCAACUUUUUUUUCGUUGAAGGUCAGCCAUUGAGCCUCGAGGAUAAGGAUUCGGGUAUAGUCGUCCUUCCCAAAGAUCUAUGGAUACGCUUCGAAUCACGUUAAGAUUCGUUAUUUAAUUAUUUUAUCGACAAGCAAUCUUCGAAAUCAAGCAACGUCGGCGAUGAUUGACACUUGGAUGGGUAACCGUUUUUUCAAAUACAGAGAUUAAAAACAUGCUUUAACAAAUA